AUGAGUACCAAGCCGGAGAAAGCUGACGAUGAUAUCGAUGCACUUGAAGCUCUGGAGUCAGAGGAGAAAGAGUACUUGAAAGAUGCUGAAAUUGAUCGUAUCCUAAAAGCCUUCCGUCUAGAUGCAUACGCCGUCCUGGACCUGCAACCCGGCGUCCCUGAAUCCGACAUCAAGAAAUGCUACCGUGCCAAGUCCCUGCUGAUCCAUCCGGACAAGACGACGAAUCCGCAGGCCCCAGAUGCCUUUGACCGGCUCAAGAAAGCGCAGACGGAGCUCAUGGAUGAGAAGCAUCGCGAGCGCCUCGAUGAAGCUAUCGCAGACGCGCGCAUGCUUCUGAUCCGCGAGAAUAAGUGGACGGUUGAUAGCGAGGAGUUGAAGACGGAGCAGUUUGCCAAGGACUGGAGGGAGAAGACUAAAUUGGUGCUGAUUGAUAAUGAGCAUAGGAGACGACGGCAGGUGAAGGCGCAGAUGCAGGAAGAGGGAAGGGAGCAGAAGAAAGCCGAUGAGGAACUCGAGGCGAGGAAACGGAAGAGGGAACAUGAACAAGACUGGGAGAGUACACGAGAACAGAGAAUUGGAAGUUGGAGAGACUUUCAGAAGGGUGGUGAGAAGAAGAAAAAGAAGAAGGCCAAACCAAUAGGUUGAUCUGUUGGUACAUGGAGUAUUCAGAGGUCAGUGGCGUUGGUGGCUUUACUUCAUUGCAUUUCUACUGUUUGAUUCUUCGCACAUAGAAUAUGCUUCAAGCACAGAU